UAUUUUGACCACCACCAUUGUUUAACCUGCUGUUGACCAAUACAACCAACACUAUCACCAUGAGGACCUUCAUCGCUCUCGCCAUUUUGGCUGUUGUUGCUGUCUGCGUAAACUCAGAGGGGUGCCGAAGUGAUUCUGAUUGUGAAAAUGGCCUAACCAUGUGUGCCCCAAACCACGCCCUUACCUGCCAUAACCGUGCAUGUUACUGCGAGGCCCAGACCACCAACACCGGUAGCGGAUGUUCCGACAAGAGUGACUGCCCUUCCAGCGCCAACUGCCAUAGCGGACGCGGAAACUACCACUGUGUUGACGCGAAAUGCCGAUGCUUUUACUUCUAAACAAAUCCGGACACUUGACCGUUUUACGGACCAUCUGAAGCUUAUUCUCAAUUAUUUAAUUAUUAUACAAAUGUAUUUAUUUAUUUAUUGAAUAAAGAAUAAAAAGUUA